AUGGUUACAUCCGCGGGACAAGGCGGGCUGUUUAGAACGACUGUUGUUUCCAAGAUUUCAAGGCAUCGAUCCAAUCUGGAAAUGUUCGAUUCUCGUUCCGUCCUACUCGGCCUGGCCACCCUCAAUGGUGUCCAAGCCUGGGGUACUCUCGGCCAUGCCACAGUCGCCUACAUUGCCCAAAACUACCUAGACGAUGCUACAGCAACCUGGGCCAAGGGCGUCUUGGGUGAUACCUCAGACUCAUAUCUAGCCAACAUCGCAUCGUGGGCCGAUAGCUAUCGUUCUACUUCCGCUGGCAAGUGGUCCGCUCCCUUGCAUUUCAUCGAUGCCGAGGACAGCCCUCCCACCAGCUGCAACGUAGACUAUGAGCGAGACUGCGGCUCCUCGGGCUGCUCGGUCUCCGCCAUCGCUAACUACACACAACGUGUUGGAGAUGGCCGUCUUAGUAAGGCAAACACGGCCGAGGCUCUCAAGUUUCUUGUCCACUUUCUUGGCGACGUCACACAACCCCUGCAUGACGAAGCGCUAGACAGAGGUGGAAACGAAAUCACUGUCACUUUUGACGGCUACGACAGCGACAAUCUGCAUUCAGAUUGGGACACGUACAUCCCGCAAAAGCUGGUUGGCGGUUCGACGCUAUCCGAUGCGCAGACAUGGGCCAACGAGCUGAUUAGUCAGAUUGACAGCGGCAGUUACAAGAGCGUGGCUGCAAACUGGAUCAAGGGCGACGAUAUCUCUGAUCCUAUCACUUCUGCCACAACCUGGGCCAGCGAUGCGAAUGCCUUUGUAUGCUCUGUGGUCAUGCCCAAUGGUGUCGCGGCGUUGCAACAGGGUGAUUUGUAUCCGGAUUACUACAACAGUGUCAUUCCAACCAUUGAGCUGCAGAUUGCAAAAGGUGGCUACAGACUCGCCAAUUGGUUGAACAGCAUCUAUUCAGCUCAUAUUGCCAAGCGCAAACGUGAUGGAGAAACCAUGAUUAAGAAGAAGGAUGUUGAUCUGUCUGGUCGCAGUUUCUUGCCUCCUCCCAUUCCCUUGAGUGAGCAGAAAAAGAAGAGGGCUGCAGCUGGAUACGGAUGCAUGCACAGACAUUAG